AUAAAAUGAAAUUGUUUAAGGAAAUUCACGUUCAGAUUCACGUUCUUCAUAAAUGACUUCCUGUAUCCUAUCGAGUUAUUCGUCGGACAGAAAUAAACAAUUUUGCAGAAAACUAUACAAACUACUUUGAUUGAUAUACGGAAUGUUGUGUUUAAAGUUGAACCUGAGAUUUUGUGAAAAAGAUUUUGUGCAAGAAUAGGAUUUAGCCUUACAAGUGUCAUGCCGUAUAGUUCGACUAUCACGAAUGUCUUAUUUAUCAUUUUAACAACUUCUUUUCUAAAAUUAAUGCAACACCGAUCAUCAAACAGUUGUCUUUAAACAAGGGGAGAUCUGCUCGACAUUAUAUGCGAAAUAUAAUUUUUGUUUAAUAUUUUUUGUAACAUACUGGUACUUACUCACUCUGAUUAAGCGAUAUCUUUUAAAAUAUAAGUUAUCCCAUGUUCUCAGAUAAGUAAAUUGAUAGAAUCGUGCGGAAUAGAUUAUGACACCAUGAUAUACAAUGUACGCAUGUUAACUGAGUGCAAAUACUGUAAAAUCUUAUCAAUUAGUUAAAAAUGAUAUAAUUAAAUACUUACAUACUUCUCUUCAUCGAUUAUGUAUCGACAAUUGCAGUAAUUUCUUUUCUUUUAACAGGACACACAGACAAUCUCAUCGUACUUCACUGUUCUAUCCUCGACAAUUUAAAAAACAAUAAUUGUUAUUGUACUUACUUCGAUGCUAUCAGUAUCGAAGUGUUACUGAAGUUAACCAUCUCCGAAUAAUUGUAUCCUUUACAAAACAGCAGAAUUCCCAUAAAUUUUGGGAAUGGUGAAUUACCAUUAUGCAAGACCUGCUUAAUUAUGGAUUUCUAGAUUAUUGGAAGAAAAUGUAUUUCCAUCAAUUCAUCAUUCUGUGAUACCAAUAUCGUUUGAUAUUCCUCAUCCAUCUUUAAUGAAUUUUGCGUCUAUUACUUUUCCCCCUUCGGAUUUAUCGAAGCAUGUUAAGGCAUGUAAUUAUACCAAGAUCUAACUUUUAAAAUUUCAGCUGUAGUGAAACUUAUAAAAAUGUAUAGACGUUACCGGCGUUCGUUAUGAUUAUCGUCAUCGCCUUACAUAGUAUUCUCGCAGUAACAUGACUCUCUUGUUUACAGUUAUAAGAUAAAGAAUUAGAUUCGUCGGUACGUUUAGAUAAUUAAAUUAUAAAUUGGAUUAACACUGCAUAGUUAGAAAAGCAUUAAAUUUAUCGUAUAAUUCCGGCAAUUUUUAUAUACUGGUUCGAUCCAGUACUAAAUAUUAUAUUAACAAUGGAUUUUUGCUAUCAUAAACGUAUAGUGCAAAUUCACACGUACGUAGAUAUGAUUACCUCGGCUAUGAAGAGAGAGACGCAGAAUGAGUAAACGAUGCCUUGCGUUAACAUUUUCGAUAGAGUACUCUGAAACGGCCAUACUCCGAUGAUGGAUAAAAAACGCUUGCUCAAUCGAAAGCCAGGCUGCUCGAAGAAAUUCAUGCCGAUUAUCGUCGCGUUUCUUUCAUUUCUUCGACUCAUUAUUGAAGCUAAGAGACGAAGACAUAGUAUAAUAUACCGUGACGAUGACGAGUAAUAAAAAGUCGAACGAAACACAAGGAAAAUCGACGAAGAUUUGCUUGUUAAAUUAUUAACAAAGUAGAGGAUUAUCCAAUGAGUGGAAUGUCAACAAGAAUAGUAGAAUCGAAUGCAUACCACCGUUGAUGACGAUCUCUUUCUGCUUGUCGUCGCAUUUGAACCUAAUUUUUAACAAGGAGAAGGUCAAAGAUGUACUCCUGUUCAUUAAAAAUGAUCAUAAUUAUUACAUGAAUCGGCCAGAAAAUAAGAUUCUUCAAUUUUAUACCGCGCAAGGAAACAAAGUUGUAUUAUGUUAUCUCACGUACAUUUGUUCAACAGUUUUGGCUUUCUUAAUGAUAUCAACCAUAUCACUAGUAACUGAUCUCAUUGUACCUUCGAAUCAUUCCAAAGAGAUAAGUUUACCAGUCAUAGCCGAUUAUGGCGUGGAUACACAACAAUAUUUUUAUUAUGUGUUCAUAUGUAUAUGUAUAACAGUAUUCAUAAUAGGUGUAGUAAUUUUUACUACGUAUAGCGCUUACAUGUUAUACGUCCAACAUGCCUGUGCUUUGUUUGCAAUUGUGAGCUAUCAAUUAAGAACUAUGCACAUUUUGGAUACAAGUAGCUUGAUAAACCUAAAGGAUCGUCAUUUACUCGAAAAGUAUAAAAAUGUCGAAUUAUCACAGGAAGAAAAGGAGAAGAUUUUUAGAAAACUAUUACUUUGUAUAAAAGAACAUAAAAAUGCAAUAAGAUACUCAAAUCUCUUGGAAUCAUUGUUUACUAAAUUUAUAUUAACUCAGAUAUUUUUUCACAUUAUCUGUCUUAGCAUUGGUGGAGUUGGAAUUGUCUUGAAUUUAGGUAAUACGGACGAAAUAACGCGAUUUGGAUCACUUGCAUUGGUACAAGUUAUACAUAUAUUCAUUCUUUGCCUUCCUGGACAAAGAUUAUUAAAUCAUAGUGAAGAAGUGUAUGUCGCGACAUGUGAGAUAGUGUGGUAUAUGCUUCCUAAAAAGUUUCAUAAUUUAUAUAUGUUUUUAAUCGCAAGGACAAUGAUAUUCAGCAAAAUAACAGCUUUCAAAAUAGCGGUCAUGUCAAUGGAAACGUUUCUCGCGGUAAAAAUUUCUUAUUGUAACUCUUUAGAUAAUCGUAAAAGUAUACGUAAUUUUAUUAUUAUUUAUAUUUUCAGAUUAUUCAAACCACAAUGAGUUACUUUACUAUGUUAUUAUCGACUAUAUAAACUUAAAUGAAAAAUGAAUAUAUCUUAGUUAUUUAAUAGAAACUAUCAGUAUAAUAUAUUUUGUUCUUUGUAUUUUUAUUUACAAUACAUACUAUCACGUAUAAUGAAAUAAUGAAUUCUAUCAUUUAUACUGCAAUGCCUUGUUGAAAAGAAAUACGCUUAAAGCUGGAUAAAUAUAUUUACAUCACGCGUAAUAACGCAUUCAGCAUUUACACAUAAUGUUAUAUUAUAUAUUACAUGAUAUUAUGCUGUCCUGAAAAUCAAAUAAUUUGUCACAGAAUAUAUUGAAAUAUAAAAAUUUCCUCUUUUUAGUUCUAAUUUGCUAAUUGCGUUAUGAAAAAUCACAAUGUGUCUAACAAUGAUUAUAUAAAAUAUUCAAAAGUUGGAAAUUAGACUCCUAACUUUUUGAUAACAUAAAAUACAUUUAACAUAACGAUUACUGUAGAAAAUGACCUUCAUGCUCGUAGAGAAACGAACUGAUGGAAAACAUCCAAGAUAUGCGGAUCCAGAU